UAAGUCCAAAAAUUUCCCUAUAUAUGUCAACAUCAAAAUCCAGCCGUCCAUUUUUUUUCUCAUCAAAUCUCCACCAUAAAACCCCUUAACUUUCUUCUUCAUUUUUCCUCACUUACCAAAAUGAAGAAAACCAAAAACUCCACUACCCCUAGUUCUUACAACAACAACAACAAUAAUAAUAACAACAACAAUAACAACGACGAUUUGGCAGAUGUCAAAGACCAUGAUCGGCUCCUCCCAAUCGCCAACGUUGGACGGAUCAUGAAAAAAUCCCUCCCAACAAACGCCAAGAUUUCCAAAGAAGCCAAAGAGACCGUCCAAGAAUGUGUAUCCGAGUUCAUAAGUUUCAUCACUGGCGAGGCAGCGGACAAGUGCCAACGGGAGAAAAGGAAGACGGUGAAUGGGGACGAUAUCUUGUGGGCUAUGACGACCCUUGGAUUUGAAAAUUAUGUCGGAUCCUUGAGGGUUUAUCUAAACAAGUUUCGGGAGAGCGAGGGGGAUAAGGCUAGCCAUGACUCGGACCGUCCUAAGUACUCGUCGCAUGUUGAUGUGAAUGAUCUUGAUCUUGAUCUUGAUCAUGAUCAAAAUCUUGAUGACAAAGAUUGCUUGGAUUUUGGUACUAAUGAUGACUAUGAUCAUCAUCAAGAUGGGGUUAAUGUUGUUGGCAAGAAUUGUAUUGACUUCCAUUGAUUGUGUAAUUGAAUGAAUGGAAAUAUACAUAUCUAUAAGCAAUUCUCUUGUAUAUGAAUUUUAGAUA